UGGAUCAGUCAGCAAACAGAAGCGGCGCGUACGCACGCCUCCACUAUGAUCUCGAUCGGAGCGUUACUUACGAUCGCGUGCGCGGUAGCCGCCGUUGAACAUAACAUUAUUAACAAUACAAACAUUGACCAACAAGUUUUAAAAAGACUAACUACAUUUUUAAAUGCCAGUGGAAACUUAGAUCCUCUAGAUAUUGCCCGACUUAACCGGACUGCUCAGAACUUACGUCUUGAUAAGGAUUUAGUUGCUAAGCUAUCUGAAACGAUAAAAAAUGAUAUGCGAAAUGUUAAAAAAACUGAAGAUUUAGAGUAUAAUGUAUAUGAUGACGGUGCUAGGGGUGUUGGCAAAAAUGAACCGCCAAAGUUAAAUGCGGUGGACGAAUCUCCAGAUUAUGCCUCUUCUGUGGUGCUCGCAAGUGAUUUAUUAUCACUAACAAGUGCUGUUGCGAAUGUGAAGGAGAAAGUCUGCAGGGAACAGGGAUACAGGUUUCUGGAUGGGCUAAUCAUGAAUAAGAGAUGGGCGUUAAAAAUGUUUGAUGCAUCAGCAAAGUCACCCCAAGGACUACUUUUCGGCUCUUCGUAUCACAUGGGUAAUUUUGAUGAGUGUGUUGGCAUUAAAGAGCCAGGCGCUGGUGUCACUGUGGAAGGUCAAUACUGCUUGGCGACAAUUAAAUGGCGACAAAGGGAAGAAUCUAAAAAGGUCAGAACAGGUCGUGGAGAAACUCUUCGUUGGGCCGUCUGUGUUCCAAGUGGGUGUGACGCUAACGCCGUAGCGGGCUUCGUUAGUGAUGUGCUCUCACACACUGUGGGUAAUUCCACAGGUGUUGAAGUCAAUGAGAAGGAUUGUUACACUCGGAAGCCUAUGACUGUCAACAAGCUUGAUAUAGCAUUCUUAGGGAUAAUGCUAUUUUUCGUAGUGAUCCUCUUAUUCACAACAGCCUUCGAAAUCUACUCAAUACGGUAUAUGAAAAGAAAGAAUAGUCCAAUACACGAUCUUAUAAUUUCGUUUUCAUUGAUCAAUAACACAAAGAAGAUUCUAUCAACAAAACAGAACAACAGUCUUGGAUUAGAAUGCAUCAAUGGAAUUAAAGCCUUGGCUAUGAUAUUUAUUAUUGGAGGACAUGCUUGCCUUUUCAUCGGAAGUGGACCUGUUAUGGACGCUGAAGCUUGGGAUCGACUCAUUCGGGAUCCAGCUAACGCCUUCAUGUUGAACAACACAUUGCUUGUGGAUACUUUCCUAUUCUUGAGUGCAUUUCUCUUUAGUCGGCUUUUGCUUAUUGAACUGGACAAACGAAGAGGGCGUUUGAACGUAUUGCCAAUAUUAGUUUUCCGGUAUAUUCGGGUCACACCAGCGUACAUGAUUGUCAUGCUGUUUUACAUGACAUGGUUACCAAAGAUCGGAGAAGGACCACUUUGGGAAGGUAGAUUAGGUUUGGAGCAAGAGAGAUGUAUAGACAGUUGGUGGGCUAACAUCCUCUAUGUUAAUAACUACGUCAAAAGCGAAAGAAUGUGUAUGUUCCAAUCGUGGUAUUUGGCCGUUGACACGCAGCUAUUCUUCGUGGCUCCGAUAUUUAUCUAUAGUCUGUGGCACUGGAGACGGCUCGGCCCUAUAUUUACUGCGGUGGCCACUUUUGUAUCCCUCGUCAUACCAACUGUCAUCACGUAUAAAGAUCGCCUGGAUCCGACGUUGCUGUUUUAUGCUAAAGAGUUCACAGACUUCGCCACGAAUUAUUACUUUGUAGAGGCCUAUAUAAGGACUCACAUGAAGAUGACUCCAUAUUUCAUGGGCAUACUCACAGGGUAUAUAUUACAUAGGAUUCAAUUAGAAAAUUACGAAUUUUCAAAUCUUCUCAAAACCUUCGGAUGGUUGACGAGCAUCAUCUUAGGCACAGUGACGACAUUCUCAGUGAGUUUAUUCUACCAAGAUUGGUAUGAAUACAGUACAAUUGAAGCCGCCGCGUACAUAUCACUUCACAAAUUCGCAUGGAGUAUUGCCAAUGGAUGGCUGAUUGUGGCCUGUGCUACUGGCAACGGAGGAAUUCUCGGAAAACUUCUGACAUGGAAAUUCCUCGUGCCGAUAGCGAGACUCACGUUCUGUGCGUAUCUCGUUAAUGGUAUUAUAGAAUUAUACUACGUGGGCCAAUUGAGACACCCUCUCCACAUAACAUUCUUUACAGUUACGGCAAAUGCAAUAUCCCACAUCGUUCUAACUUUCAUCCUUGCACUUAUACUUUGUAUAAUAUUUGAGUCUCCCCUGCACGGCAUAGAGAAGAUCUUAUUAAGGAUGUUUGCUCGGCCAGUAUUAAGUGAUAACGCUAAACAAGAUAGCUCUUGCGAAACAUCGAGACAUACUAGUCAAAGUAAACUUGAUACGUAGUUUUAAGAAUAUUUUUUUAAAGUUAAUUGCUGUAACAUAGUCUUAGUGAUAACAUGUCGCACUCACUUUAGGAUUGUAAAUAUAUUUGUGACGUGUUGAUAUAUGUAUUUCGAAUAUUGUAAAAACCUUUUUAUCAAGUACCAUUCCUGUAAAUAUAAGCGUUAUCUUUAAUUUCUGUGUUCGAUUCCUGAUAAGGCAAAUAUUUGUGAUGGUUAUAUAAUUAUCGGUUUUGGUUAAGGUGUUGUUUGUUUAAGCACAUCCAGUUGGUGGCGUUUACCAUCUUUUAAAUAUAAUUGGUAAUUUUAAGUAGAAAAAUAUCUUUAAUUUAAAUAUGCUUAUAUAAAAUACUUGCAUAAAAGUAGAAACUUAUAUUUUUUAUCAUAUAAAUUUUAUUGUGAUGGAUUUUUGGGAAAGAGUACUGUUCUGUCUCUUUCUCUCUUUUCUCGUAUGUCUUAUGUACUUAGAUACUAGUUAAGGACAUCAAUGCUCAAAUGUUUUAAUAUUGUAUAAUUUUUAAUAGAAUUAUUCUUAUAAAAUAAUUCAAAUUAAAUUUUCCUUUAUACGUAUAAAUAAGAUAUUUGUUGUGAUGAUAUAAAUGUAAUAAAUAACGAUAUUUUAAUAAUGUCCAAAUAAAUACUUUUUAGUAUAUUUUUAAUAUGUAUUAUCAGUCAAAUGUUCAUUGUGGACAAUAUAUCGUGAGUCUGUUGCCAUAUUUCGAGAAAUGUAAUUAAAAAUUUUCAUAUAUAAAAUACUAUCAAAACUUUGCUGACUUUGUAUAUCUGCCUAUAACUACAUACAUGUAUGUAAUUUGUCGCAGCGAUUAUUUGAAUCGUAUAGAAAUUAAUGCGCUGCAGUGCCAUCUAACAACGAGUUACACAAUUUUUUGUAUUAAGCCCUUCUGAAUAAAAAAAUACAUAUGUGUCAAUUUUCAUUUGCAAAAAGUGUUGAAGUCUACCUUGCUAAGCACGGCGGAUGUACCAAAAACAGUUGAUAUAUACAUUUAUAGCAUAUAUACUUAAAUACAUAUGCUAUGAAGCUCUGAAACAGUACAUAAUGAAGUUUAAAAUAUAUUUUAUUCUCUUUAAUGAAUCCAUAUAUUAAAUUAAAGUAGUUUUUUUUAAAAACCUCAUUAAAUGUCCCGUGUAACAAAGUUUGAAUUAAAGUAUUUAACUUUCAUUUAUUUACACAGUGUGGUUUUUAUUAUUUUGCAAUUUUGAAAGUUUUAAAUAAAAAGUCAGUUAAAAUGGCGAAGUAAAGCUCAUUUACAAUUUUGAAGGCGUAAUUAAAAUUGCAAAAAUAUACACAUUACAAAUGAUUAUUGUAAGAUUUCAAUGAAAAAUAUCUCAUUUACAGUAAUGAUUAAUACUAUUAUUAUUAAAUACUUCGAUUUUGCUAAUGUGUUUUACCA